GGCCGUUCUAUGGCGUUUGACAAAUUUAAGAAACUUUUAAAAUAAAAGUGAAUUUCUCCACAAAUAUGUCAAUUUUUUCAGAAUUAAUACCUAAAAUCAAUCAAAUAUCUCAAGAUAUCAGUAAAUCGUUCAAUGAAACCCUUAAGGAGGCGCUUGAGUGUUUUGAUAAGUUUGAAGCUGAUUUCGAAAAUGAAAAAAGACAAACGCGAGAGAAGAUCGUAAAAGAAAAAACAGUUCUAACUAAACUCCAAAGCAUUAACGAAGACGAUGAUGAGAGUUCAAAAACACCAGAUGAGAAAGUGGAACAAAAAGUAUUUGCUAAACCUGCAGAUAGCUCUGAAGAAACGGAGAAAGAAGAUGCACCUCCGAAACGAGGGUCAAAGAAACGCAGCAAACAUGAAGUUGAUGAUAUGUCGAGCCCAGAAGUUGAUAAACGGCAAAAACGAAAUGCUUCUGUUGUUGCUAAGAACAUUAUUAGUAAACAGGUCAAUGUAAAUCUUACUCAAAAACUUCGUAGGGAAGAUUCCGGGGAAAAAACUCAGUCUAAAUCUAGAAAGAACAAAAAUGAUGACAAAGAGAAUACCGAACCAAUACCUGUUGUACAAAUCAAACAAGAAAAGGUGUCUUUACUGCCGGAGGUAAUGGAGGAUGCGAUUUUGCCAGUGGAUAUUGUAGUCAAGCAAGAAGUAAAUAAGGAUGAUAUUUCUAUGCCUCCACCUGCAGCGCCUGUACCUAAAUCAAGAAAAGCGGUGCUGAAAGAGAAGGAAACAGUUCCUCAAGAAGAGGAAUCUGUCAGGAGGAGGACAAGAACUAGGAAACAGACAGACACGUUGCCAGCGCCACCUGUCACAGUAACAUCAUCCCGAGCUACACGAGCUAGUUCUAGAAAUACACAGAUUGUGGAGUCUGAAGAUGUACCAAUCACAAAAGAUUCUAGACCUAAACGGACUAGGGGUAGGAAGAAAGUUUCCGAAGUGAGUUCAGAUACAGAAAAAGAAACUCAUACCACACAAGACAGUGGACUAGGAUCUCCUAACGAUAAACCAAGACCUAAACGUACAAGAAAGGGGCAAAAGGCAGCUGAGAAAGAAACCAAAAAAGAAGAACAAGAGAUCGUAAAAGAAGAAGAGAAAGUCACAAAAGAAGUGAACAUUUCUCCGAAAGAAGAACCCGGAACACAUUCUCCUAUAUUAGAAUGUCAUAUUAAAAAGAACCUUAUUACUAAAGAAAUACAAUCUGAAUUACAAGACGAAAUUGACAAUACAGAGAAAGAUAAAAUAGACUCUAAUUUUAAAGAAAUAAAGACUAAAAUUGAUGAAGUAAAAAAAGCAAAUAUUCAUACAAAAAUGGACAGUGCAGUUGUAAUACAGAACGGAGUUAUUGUACAUGAAGAAGUUACAUCUAAAGUUUUGAGAGUUAUGGAUGAAACGGUAGUGUUAGAGAAACAUAACAAUGACACGACAAGUUUAGAACGUCCACAUUUGACAAUGGAUACAACGGUUGUAUUGGAUAAACCCACACUAGCUAUGGAUACAACAGUUGUGUUGGAUAAGACGAGGAAUAUUGCAAUGGAUGCUACAGUUGUACUCGAGAGAUUGCCAAUAGAACCGAAUAUAACAGAAGACAAUUCUCUGCUGACUGAAGACAGUGACACUCCGGAGGAUGUUAACACACCUACAAAACCAAUACCGAACAAACAACCUCUGUCUGCUGUCAAAGAGAAAGUACAGAAAUUUGAGGAACUUGCUGCGAGAACAACUAGAACUAAGACAAGAGCUAUGGCUAAAAAGGAUGAUGUAACAGAAAAUGUGACACCACCAGACAAAAUAUCCAAAGUUAUUCUGUCAGCUGAAAAUCUCAGCAAAAUGAACAAUAUGAUAUUUAAUGGAAAGACAACUCAGGUAACAAAUUCAGCGACAAAACCUAAAUCAAAUAUACCUACAUACAAAUCAACUUCAUCGUCAACUUCCAAACUGAGCGGUUUGACCAGAGCUCGAGAAGCAGCAGAGGAAUACCAGAGAACAGAGAAAGAAGAUGCCAGAAGAAAGAAGGAGGCACUUUUAGAAGCGAAGAGGGAAGCUCAGAAGAAGAAGCGUGAAGAUAAGAUGGCGGCUGCAGCUGCUGCCAGGGAACAGGCGGAGAGGGAGAGACGUGCUGCACUGGAGGCUGCGGCGAGAGGACGACAGGAGAAGCAGGCUCAUGCAGACCAGGGGAAGUUGGACAAGUUGAAGGAAGUAGAGAGGAAAAAGCAAGAACAAGCUCGUAAGUUGGCGGAGGCAGAGGAGAGACGUAAAGCGGAGGAGCAGGCGCGCGCUCUCAAGCUGAUUGAAGAACAGAAGAGAGCAGAAGCUAUUAGAAAGAAGCAGAUUGAGGAAGCUGAGGCAAUGAAAAAAGAAGAAGCUCAGAUGCUGAAGGAAGUUCUCCAGAGACAGAAAGAAUACAACGAGAAACAGAAAUUAAAAUAUAAUAAUCGAAUGACGCCAAUAAAAUCGUAUAAAUCCCCGUGUGUGAUGGAGCCUGUCUACAUGGCGGAUGGCUUCGAGUUCCUCAACUCUGAUGAUGAUGAUGAUGACGACAUGGACAAGAGGAGACCACUCCCGCACUGGUCUACCUCCGUGGAGCGUCGCCGGCAGCUGAGUGUGCAGGCGAGGCUGGAGGAGGCGGGCGGAGUGGGGGACGUGGAGCGUCUCUUCUCUGUCAGACCUCACUGCCCCGACCUGCGACAGAUCUUCCCCAACAUCGACCGCGCCCGCCUCAAGCGUACCUCCUCCGCCGUCUGGCGCACCCCGCCCUCCGCCAACAGGUAUAAAACAUGAUAAGUGCUAGUACACACUUUGGUCGCUGGCGGCAUGUAGAUAUUCCCUCGCGAUACUGCACCAGUAUAAUUAUGAAUACAUUAUAUACUUUGAUAAUAAGUUAUUUAAU